UUUUAAUUAGUCUCGUUAAAAUAAAUGAAACCAUAGGUUUGUGGCCAACUAUGAAAAUGUGUUGUCAGUGAUUAGAUUCACAUCAGGACGUAAGACGGAAGGUACUAAAUCAUUUCAGUCAUUACAAUAGCCCUUGAAAUACGUUGGGUGGGUCAAGUUACCAUGGCGCGACAUACACUCUGCGGAGACUUGACUGCGUGUAAAUAGGCUCACUUCGCCUCUUAUCAAGUCGAACACACACACACACACACAUAAAGAGCCUACUGUGCUAAAACGCUAAAAGAAGAGGGUCGUUGACUCUAACCGGCAGAGGACCAGUUGUUCUCCUCCAUCCCUCCGGGAUACUCCACGUCCUCUGGAUCAUGGCAUCCAAAUACACCCCGGAGACAAACGCCAUGCCUCAUCAGGUCGUUAAAAUCGUUGGCAGUAAACAGGUCAAGUAUUUUGUUGAAGGAGGACCAAAUAAGGAGAAGGUGUUAAAUGAAAGAGAGGCAGAGGAUGUCCACACAUCCAUGGGCAGUAUCCUUGAAGAUGUGUCUGUACACACCGGCCAAAUCACACCAUCAGAGAGUCCUUUCCUUAACGAAGCGUUGACUGAGUACACAAGAAUUCACAAGGAGUUGCAACAGAUCCGUGACAGGCAGUGUGUGACAGCACCUUGUGGUGACCGCUCUCUGUCUUACAUUCAUCUGAAGAAAAGCCUCUCAGCUGUGACCGACCUCCGCAGAGCAGCACAACAACGGUCUCUCUCGGGUGGGCGAGAGAAAGGUGAGCUGAAGGAUGAGGAGCCGGAGGAGAGGGUGGCGCAGGAGCCCGAGGAGAGGGUGGCGCAGGCCGUCAGGGAGGAGCUGCAGGGCUGGGGAGUCUCCCCUCUGAAGAACAUUGAGCGCGACGUGCUGGAGCUGGACGCCUCCUUCACAGGGACCAUCCAUCAAUCUCUGCUCACCUACGUGUUCUUGAGAAAUGAGGUUCCUUUGAAGUUGCCAACUUUAGGUCAUUUGUUCCACACGUUCUCCGAGAAGACGUGUCCAGAUGAGGUGCAGUACAGAGAACUGCUACACUUUCUCCGUGAUGUUGCAGAAGAUGAUCAAAAGGAGAUGAAGACGGAUGAAAGCAGUCAGCCUGGAUCCAGGCCAUCUGUGUCAGCACACAGCGACCUGAGCAGCCCACCCACAAAUGACAGAACAAACGAGAGCUGGGUCGAAAGGUUUCAGAAGAUGGAGAGAGCCUUGGACCUGUGUGAUAUCCAAAACACCGGGCUCCUCGACAAGGACAAAGCCAGACGUCUGAUUCAGAACUACAACGUCAUCCUCGACCUCAACUUGAGCCCCCUGAAGAUCGCUGAAGCGACUCGUAGCAUUCACUCGGAGGGCAGGAUCCACUUGGCCUCAGCUCUGCGGUGCCUCAAGGGGUUAUGAAAAGGGUUCAAACGCACGUAGACAUCUGGGCUCUUAAAAUAGACAUGGCAGUUGAGGUAGAGUGUGAGACAAAAGUGCUGGAUAUUUUCACAAAGUUUUUUAAUUCAGAAUGCCACAAUACAUGACGCACGUAGGUAUUGACGCACUGUAUUGACCUUCACAGGUCAUUUCACGAGUGCCCUAACUUCACUGUUAUGCUUUGUUAAAAAUUGAGAAUUUGCAGUGUGCAGCGAGCUAGAUCAUUUAAAAUAUGCAAUCCUAACAGGUGUAUUACAGCACACACACACUCACACUCACACUCACACUCACACACACACACACACACACACACACACACACAACAAAGGUUCAGGUCAGCCCCAUGUUCCAUUGGUGAGCUGCUCAUCCAUCCUCCUAGCCUCCUGUUUCAAGAUCGAUCUGGCCAGCGCUAUUUCCUGCAGGAGCAUCGGGUCUCCAGCCGGGUACUUCUUAGACACUGAAUCCCUGUCAGGUCAAAGGUCAACCAGGGGUACAGUAAGGGCACGUUCAAGGGGUACAGUAAGGGCACGUUUGCAGUGGAUGAAAAAAAAAGACUUUAAAAUGUGAACUGUUAACUGCUAUGUUCACAUGAAUUGCUCUUUCCACAAAUAAAUCACCCCAAGUUACUACUCUGACAGGAAAAAGUGUGCAAGGGGUUUUCUUUCUUUUCUUCUGUUUACUAGCGAGAGCUCUUACCUGAGUCGUUUUGUCAGGUCCUCCCCAUUCUUAAUUAAGAACUUGAUGUAGUUUUGAUACCCGAAGUAUUUCAUUCUGCCAUCAUAGUAACGCUCAGUUAACUCCUUCUGUUCAUCAUACGGUUCCAUUUCGAGCUUUUCCUUUUGCUCGAGAAUGUCCUGCUCC